CUCUGGUUUCAAUUCUCUGACAGACGUCUGAACUUGCUCAAACAAGAUGGGAAACGAAACUGACAAUAUCGAAGCUGCGCCACGCACUCAAAUCCACACCACUCUCGAUGCUGAUCUCAAAGGCCAGACCGCGGAUGAAGGCUACGAACUUUUCGAAGAAGCUCAAAAUGAAUCGACGAGUUAUAGCGUUGAAGCUACGGAAGCAGUUCGACGAAAGAUUGACCUGCAUCUACUGCCAUUGGUGUGCAUUCUAUACGGACUCAAUUAUGUAGACAAAGUGGCAAUGGGAUGGGCUGUACUCUUCAACUUUCGGGACGAUCUAGGACUCCACGGAACUCAAUACUCUUAGGCAAGCAGUAUGUUUUACUUCGGAUACUUGGCUGCUCAGUAUCCUGCAAAUUAUCUUCUUCAACGGUACAAAACUGCGAGGAUUUUGAGCAUCGCAGUUAUUGCUUGGGGAGCGCUGAUGCUUGCG